AUGAGUCGUAGCACUAAGACUACGAUUACCUCUUCUUCAGUUGCUGGAGGUGGCGGUGGAGGACGUAUCUCUAGUGGAGGUGGUGGUGGGCAUUCUUCAAGCUCUACUAGAAAGAUAACCAGUGGUGGAAGCUUUUCUGGUAGAAGUUAUGGUGGAGGAGGUUCCAGAUGUGGUUACGGAGUGGGAAUAAGCAGUGGUGGUUAUGGAGGAGGAAUAAGCAGUGGCAGUUGUGGAGGGGGAAUAGUUGGUGGUAGUUAUGGAGGGGGCUUUGGAUCAAGUUGUGGCUACGGGGGAUUUGAUGGCGGUUAUGGAGGUGGCUUUGGUGGGGUUGGUGGCUUUGGUGGGGUUGGUGGCUUUGGUGGAGGUGGUGGCUUUGGUGGUGAUGAUACUGGCAUCCUUUCCAACAAUGAAAAGCUGACCAUGCAGAACCUUAAUGACCGCCUGGCUUCUUACCUGCGUAAGGUGCGAGCUUUGGAAGAAGAAAAUGCUAAUCUUGAGAAUUUAAUCAGGGAAUGGUAUCAGAGGCAAGGUCCAAUUGUUACAUCAAAGGACUUUAGUCGCUAUUAUAAAGAAAUUGAAGACCUUAACAAUCAGAUUGUUAGUUCAUCUGUGGAGCUUAACAAGGUCGUUCUGAACAUUGAUAACACUAGGAUGACUAUUGAAGACUUUAAACUGAAAUAUGAGACUGAACUGGGUCUCCGCCAGAAUGUGGAGAGUGAUAUUAAUGGCUUACGCCCCCUGUUGGACCAGCUAACCCUAACCAGGUCUGACCUGGAGUUAGAGUUUGAAACCCUGAAGGAGGAACUGAUUUCUCUCAAGAAAAACCACGAGGAGGAAAGUAAAGGACUGCAUGUACAGAUCAGUGGUGAUGUUAGUGUGGAGGUCAAUGCUGCUCCAGGCGAAGAUCUGACAGAAAUACUAAAUGACUUGAGAAGAGAAUAUGAGCAAAUCAUUGAGAACAACCGUAGAGAGGUGGAAAAAUGGUAUGAAACCAAGAUUGCAGAAGUUCAUCACGAAGUCCACUUGAGUGGUCAGGGCAUAGAGUCAGGCAACAAACAGGUCGCAGAGCUGAGACGUGAAUAUCAGAACUUGGAAAUCGAGCUGCAGUCCCACCUCAGCACGGUACAGUCUUUGCAGUCCUCCUUGGCUGACACAGAAGGUCGCUACAACCUACAGCUGCAACAGCUCCAGAACCUGAUUGUCUCUGUGGAAGAAGAACUGGCAAGUAUCCGAUGUGAAAUAGAUAAUCAGAAUCAAGAGUACAGGCUGCUCCUUGGUAUCAAGAACCAGCUGGAACAGGAGAUCGCUCAGUACCGGCAUCUACUUGAUGAAGGAAAUCAAGACAUUAGUGUUUCACGAGAAGGAGGUGGCAUUUCUUCAGGAGGAAGAGUCAUUGGAGGUGGAGGAUCAGGAGGCAGAACCGGAGGAAGUAGCCUUACUUAUGGAAGUAGCACAGGGGGAGGAAAAGGAGGAAGUUUCACUGGAGGUGGAGGAUCAGGAGGCAGAACAGAAACAAGAGAAAGUAGUGUCCAUUAUGCUGGAGGUAGCACAGUAAGAAAAGGUGAAAGUUACUCAGGGGAUGGAACAGGAGGAUCAGGAGGAAAAUUAUGUGGUAUAACUGGAGGAGGAGAGAGAAUUUCAGGAGGUAGUAGUAGUUCUUCCCACUCCUAUUCAUCUACCCAGGGCCACUCCUCUUCUCAGCCAUCCAAGUCUGGUGAAAUCUACGCAUACUCAAGAAAAUCCUUUGAUUAA